AUGUCUAACGAUGAGUUAAUAGAGAUAUUGUCUUGGUUACCUGCAAAAGCAAUCCACAAACUCAAAUAUUCUUCAAAACUCUUUUCAAAGCUUCCAGAAACUCCAUACUUUGUAGCAAAACAAGCAGAAAACCCAUUGAAGAAAGAUCGUCCUUCAUGCUUCUUCAUUCAAAGAGAUGACAUUCUGAAUCACAACGACUGUGUCGAGUUGCAUCCUUUGCUGGGAGAGGAACUUUCCUCCGGCGUCCCAGAAAAUAUGCUACGAUUCAUCGCAAGCUCGCGGCUCAAGAUUCUAAGCUCAAGCAACGGUUUACUCCUCUAUCUUCAUGGAACAGAAUUAUUUAUCAUCAAUCCAGCAACUUAUUACCUUUUACACAUUUCCCUCCCUAACCACUUGCAGCAGCGAGGGAAUCCUCAUAGUGUCUCCAUGACACUGGAAUGCGACUCUGAUGAUUACAGGUUGAUUCUUUUUGACAAUGAAGAUUGGAGUUCACAUUUUGAUUGUCAUGUUUAUAGUCAUAAAUAA